AUGUGGCUGGUUAGCACUCCUGAAUGUGUGACAGGUUACGCCGAAUAUAUUGAAAUGAAGGCGCGCAAAUCUUGGAUCAGCCCAGGUGUUCGGCGUAAACUGUCACACGCCGAGCCACAAACCCAAUUAGAAAUUUAUUCUGUGGCUUCACUUUUAACUAGAGAGAUCUUGAACAAUUAUCAAAUGUUGAAGUUUUCAAACGUAAUGGAAGCAAGAACAGGUCGUGAUAAACAGGUUUAUAAAAAAGGUAGCAUACGACAGGUAGCUGGAUGUGUCCCAGUAAAUACAAAAAAAGGAGAAAUACUUUUAAUAACACGGCGAAAAGGAGGAGGUUGGAUACUGCCAAAAGGCGGGUGGGAGAAUGAUGAAUCAAAACAGGAAGCAGCUGCAAGAGAAACAUUCGAAGAAGCCGGUGCCAAGGGACGAAUAACAGGACUGUUGGGUGUAUGGGAUCAUCAUUUUGUAAAUGAAUCCACCGGACUUCCAAAAGCAAUGUUUAGUUUCUUUGAGAUGGAGGUUGACAAAUUGGAGGAAAUGUGGCCUGAAAUGGGAGAACGGGAUAGAAAAUGGUUUCAUUACGAUGAAGCAGUAAAGAUGGUAAUAAAACCAUUUAUGCGAGAAGUAAUUCAGAGUUGUUCGCUUGCACCGCAUACAGACCGAACUCAGAACUCGGACAACUCUUCAGAGGAGGACUACAAAGAUACUUGGAUAUGGCAAUUUUCGGUAGUCAUUGUGGUAUUUGCGUUUUUUGUAUGGCUCGUGUCGACGCGGUACGAUCAAGACCCGAAUCCGGAACGAAUUGGAAAAAUAGUGCCAACGACAUCUAACGAGACAGCUCGUGGUCUUUCUCAUGAUCCGUUUGCUACUGGUCACAAAACGAGUUUUAAAACACUUGAGAAUAAGCAUCAGUAUAGAUUUUAA